GCAAAGAUGCUCUAACAGGAAGCGGGUUUGAGGAGCUGCACAGCUUCCUGCCCCCGAGAACUGAGCGAGGCGAGACUGGAGAGUGCCUGGCUGGGCCACGAGACACAGCUUCAUGCCAGGGUCCUGGUAGCUUCCUGUUCCAUAGCCACUUCCGUGUGGCGGGGGCCCCAAAGGCAAGAGCUGCUGUCCGUUGCCCAGGCCACCCUCCACCUCCAGUUUGGAGCCCUGCCCCUCUGGGGCUGGGCCAAGCUCAGCAGCCAGCGGGCUUGGAUCCCAUGGGGGUCUGGUAGGGCAAAGGUCUUGGGGGACAGACUUGACUGGGCCAGAACCCUGGGGCUCCGGCCAUGAAGUCUCGGCAGAAAGGAAAGAAGAAGGGCAGCUCCAAGGAGCGGGUGUUUGGGUGUGACUUGCAGGAGCACCUGCAGCACUCAGGCCAGGAGGUACCCCAGGUGCUAAGAAGCUGUGCAGAGUUUGUGGAAGAGUAUGGAGUGGUAGAUGGAAUCUACCGCCUCUCCGGGGUCUCCUCCAACAUCCAGAAGCUCCGGCAGGAGUUUGAGGCAGAGCGGAAGCCAGACCUGCGGCGGGAUGUUUACCUCCAGGACAUACACUGCGUCUCCUCCUUAUGCAAGGCCUAUUUCAGAGAACUGCCAGAUCCUCUGCUCACUUACCGGCUCUAUGACAAAUUUGCUGAGGCAGUGGCAGUGCAAUUGGAACCUGAGCGCCUGAUCAAGAUCCUAGAGGUGCUCCGAGAACUUCCUGACCCAAACUAUAGGACCCUGGAGUUCCUCAUGCGGCAUUUGGUGCACAUGGCUUCAUUCAGUGCCCAGACCAACAUGCAUGCCCGCAACCUGGCCAUCGUGUGGGCCCCCAACCUGCUGAGGUCUAAAGACAUAGAGGCCUCAGGCUUCAACGGGACAGCGGCUUUCAUGGAGGUGCGUGUGCAGUCCAUUGUUGUUGAGUUCAUCCUUACGCACGUGGACCAGCUCUUUGGAGGUGCUGCCCUCUCUGGUGGUGGGGAGAUGGACAGUGGAUGGCGAUCGCUUCCAGGGGCUCGAGUGUCAGGCAGCCCUGAGGACCUCAUGCCCAGGUCUCUACCCUACCACCUGCCUAGCAUCCUACAGGCUGGUGAUGGACCCCCACAGAUCCGGCCAUACCACACUAUCAUUGAGAUUGCAGAACACAAGAGGAAAGGGUCUUUGAAGGUCAGGAAGUGGAGAUCUAUCUUCAAUUUGGGUCGCUCUGGCCAUGAUACAAAGCGUAAACUUCUACGGGGGGCUGAGGAUAGGGAGGACAAAUCCAAUAAGGGAUCACUGCGGCCAGCCAAGAGCAUGGACUCACUGAGUGCUGCAGCUGGGGUUAGUGAUGAGCCAGAGGGGCUGGUGGGGCCCAGCAGUCCCCGGCCAAGCCCACUGCUGCCUGAGAGUUUGGAGAAUGAUUCUAUGGAGACAGUAGAGGUUGAACAGGAGUCUGAGGUGGAGACACUGGGUGGCACAAACUCUGAGCCAGGGACACCACGAGCUGGGCGGUCAGCUACCCGGGCUGGGGCUAGCAGCCGUGCAGAGCGCUGUGCUGGAGUCCACAUCUCAGACCCCUAUAAUGUCAACCUCCCUCUACACAUAACCUCUAUCCUCAACGUGCCUCCAAACAUCAUCUCUAACGUUUCCUUGGCAAGGCUCACCCGUGGCCUUGAGUGUCCCGCCCUACAGCCCCGGCCAAGCCCUGCCUCUGGUCCUGGCCCUGGCCCUGGCCUUGGCCCUGGCCCCCCAGAUGAGAAGUUGGAGGAAAGACCAGUCCCAGGUCCCCUGGCUGACUCAGGCCCAGCUGACAUAAUUCCUGCCCUGGAGGACUCCCUGUCCCAGGAGGUGCAGGAUACCUUCUCCUUCCUAGAGGACUCCAGCAGCUCAGAACCUGAGUGGGUGGGGGUGGAGGAUGGGGAGGUGGCCAAGGCAGGAGCAGCAGGAGCAGCCUUCUCCCCUGGGGAGGAUGACCCUGGGAUGGGCUACCUGGAAGAGCUCCUGGGAGUUGGGCCUCAGGUGGAGGAGUUCUCUGUGGAGCCACCCCUGGAUGACCUGUCUCUGGAUGAGGCACAAUACGUCCUGGCUCCCAGCUGCUGUUCCCUGGACUCUAAUGGCCCCAGGCCUGAAGUAGAGGAGGAAAAUGGAGAAGAAGUCUUCUUGAGUGCUUAUGAUGACCUAAGUCCCCUUCUGGAGCCUAAACCUCUGACCUGGGAGGGCACAGGGAGUCUGGAGGAAGAGGCAGCAGGGUGUGGAAGACAAGCUCCAGGACAGGCUGAAGAAGACCAGGCAUGCUGGAAAGCUGGGGAGGACAAAGAGGCUAGGCCAGGAAGCAGAUUAGACAACAAGGAAGAGACUGAUGGGAGUCCAGAGACCAAGAUGGAGAACGGCAAAGCUAGUGAGGAAGAAGAAGAGGCUGGAGGAAGGCAAGAGAUGAUGACUAAUUUGGAUGAAGGGAUUGGGGAAGAGACAGAGGCCAAGGGAGAGAAGUCUAAAAGUCAGGAGGUUGAAAGUAUAGAGGAGGCCAAGGGUGUGCAGGAACCAAGAGAACAGGAUAAAGACAAGGAGAAGGAAAGAGAGAUUGAGAGAGAAGAGGCUAAGCAAGAAGGACAGGAAUCUCCAGUAGAAGUUGAAAGGGACCCACAGCAUGGGGCCCAGGAACACCUGGUUGCUGAGGAGACCUGGGAAGGUGAACACAAACAACAGCCUCAGGGAGGCAGAAAGGAUGAGAUCAAAGGACAGAGUGGGAAUGGGGACCACAAGGCAAGAAAAGACCAAGGUCAUGGUGAAGACUGCAGAAACCCAGAAAAAUCAGCUGAAGGAGUAGAAGGAGAGAUCAGUCAGGAACAAGAGAGUGAGGAUGGAGAAGCUGAAGGAGACCAGAGGGCUGGAGAGAACCAUUUAGAAGAGAGAGCCCUCUCUGAAGGGCCCAGUGUAGAGUCCCUGGAGGUUGACAGUACCAAGGAGGUCAAUGAACAGUCUUCUGAGAUGGAACAGGCAGCCUCCCAGCUACACCAGCCAGAAGGGGUAGAGCCUGAAGGACAGCCCGGUCCUGAGAGCUGUGAUCUAUGCCCCUGUCCCUUUGGCUCAGCUGGUGGUGUGGGCAUGCGCCUGGCUUCCACCCUGGUUCAGGUCCAACAGGCCCGCUCUGUACCAAUAGUCCCCCCCAAACCACAAUUUGCCAAGAUGCCCAGUGCAAUGUGUAGCAAAAUCCACGUGGCACCUGCAAACCCAUGUCCAAGGCCUGGUCGGCUUGAUGGGACUCCUGGGGAAAGGGCUUGGGGUUCUCGAGCUUCCCGAUCCUCUUGGAGGAAUGGGGGCAGUCUUUCCUUUGAUGCUGCUGUGGCCCUGGCUCGAGAACGCCAAAGGACUGAGGCUCAGGGAGUUCGGCGGACCCAGACCUGUACUGGGGGUGUAGAUUAUAGCCCCAAAACCUCUCCCUGUAGCAUGAUCCCUUCCCUUUCUCCUCGGCCCCUUAGCUGUCUGGAACUUCCACCUGAAGGCACAGAAGAGUCUGCCUCCCGGAGUCGGCUUAGUCUACCCCCUAGAGAGCCCCAGCUGCCUGUGCACCUCCUGUCCCCCCAGCGCCGAUCAUAUGCAUUUGAAACACAGGCUAACCCUGGGAAAGGUGAGGGGCUGUGAUUAGGACCAGAGUUCUGGGCAAAAGGGAUCA